GUAGGUACAUACAUACCUCCUGGGGGAAGGGGCGCGGCCAGGGUCCAAGCCAAGUCACCGAGCCUGUCGGCAGGUCAUCUCGAUGAUCUAAAAAGAGGCAACACAAAAAGGAGGAUCCCGACCUCCACCCGCAAAAUCCAUUGCCAUGGGUCUUAGGGCGGCAGGGUUCCCAUCAGAUGGAGCACGGGCCGCUCGAUGCGUCUGCGCUUCGAGCACUCCGUCGAGCCAGCCAGGCCCGCAAGACGUUUGAAUGGCGUCUGUGAAUUUUCCUAAUCCCUGUGCCGGAGCGCCCAGCGAAGGCAGCCAUGAUUGGGCGGGCCCGACAUUUUGGUGGGUAUUCCGUGAGCCCAAGAACUGCAAAGACGGCGGCCCAACCAACGUGGCUGUCGCAGCGCAUCAGAACUCUCAUCAUCACUACGAACGGUACGGAGCAGUAUCACUCGAGCCGGACGACCAUUUCAUCAGUUUCUUGUACACAAGGGGCAAAUGCCAUCAGCAUACAGUACCAAACGGCUCAUCAAAAAUCGGCGUAAACCCCGGCAAUGGAAUCGGUCGAAUCUUCCACGGCGAGGUCGAUCCAUCCUCGGAUAAUAAUUGGCCGCUACAAGCUGCAAAUAAGGCAUCAAGUCUAGUGGAGGCUGAACGUGAAGGUCUCCUUAGCCGCCAUGACGCAUUUGCGUCUGUACGUACAUAUGUACAUACGCGUGCACAGCAAGGAGUGCACCACAAUGUGCACCCGUAUUAUACUGCAUACAUCGAACCGUCUGUCGUUUGCUGUGGAAGUUCCGACUGGACAGUUCCGCUCACACGUCGGUCACUAUGCCACACGUCCGCGCACCGGCUCGCCUCGCACCAAAACGCGGUGGUGGGUGACGUUAGCUCCAGUGCAACACCUGAUUCUGUGCAGUCGGUGGAACAUCGUUCACUAAGACUUUGGAGUCUCACUCGAAGAUCUAUUACGGCACCCAACCACUUGUGCACGAGCCCGUUUGCUCGGCGUCGGGCGUCGAGUCCGGAGACGAUGAACCAACUGGAAAAUCAAAACCGCGGGCGUACACUACGGCGUGGCAAGGCCGUCCGUCAGCAGCCAUAAUAUCUCACACCAAGGAAGCGCCUCUGCCGUCUUAUCAACUCGACUAGCCGAAAGCUUCUAGCCGUGAUCCUUUCUCUCGAACAGCAAAGACGCGUCAAUUCGCGGACGACAUGAGAGUAGGUGGCGCCCCGUGGAGUCGCAAACUGGGUUUGAUAGGAAUCGGAGAUCCUCUAAGCUGGCCUGAUUUGGGAUUUUUCUCUUUCUCUUCGGCAUCGAUGCUGGCAAAAAAAAAAGAAACCGACUCGAUGCAGGGUGCAGGGUGGAACUG